AUGAUAUCUGAGUUGAAGAGUUCCCUUGCUGAGAAUGAUUCCGAGCUUAACUCUUCUGCUACUGACUUGGAAAGUCGAAAAGAUGCUUACUUCCACCUUGAGCGCAAGAAUGCCGACAUCUCUCAUACCUAUGACAAGCUUUUGGCUAGAUUUCACGCCUAUCAUGAGUCUGCUGAGGAAUCCAAGUCCGAAGUUGCCAUGGACGCGUACAAGUUGGGCUACUUGGACUGCACAAAAGGAUAUGAUCCCCUCUACGCCAUUGGAGAUGAAGACAUCGAGAUGCUCUAUCCAGACUUGCCCCCUGCGAAAAGUGAGGAGGCUAAUGCUGUGAACACCGAAGGAGCUGACGAGCAGGUGGCUAAAGAGGCGGUAACUGAGGAAGAUGGAGCAGAGGAGGAUGCAACCGAUGAGGUGGUGGCAGACGUCAUAGAUCAGGCAUGUGGAGCUGCUGAAAGCGUGGCUGAUCAGGCGGACGCUGAAGAGGCUGUAGAUCAGGGAUCUCCUGCUGGUGUUUCGGAGUAG